CAGUGAGUGGCAGUAACGCGCUGAUGUGCCGCUGAUCUCCGCAUCGCAGAGGAAGACGAGCAGGAGGAAGAACACAACACACGAGUUUACAGUCAACUGGGAUAAAACAUAAAAAUACACGAUGAAAACAGAAAAACAACUCAAACAACAGGAGAAUGAGAAGCAUUUCAGUGCAAAGAAGUCAAAUAAACAUGCUGACCCUGCAUCUGACGAUCACCUCCAGCAGAUUCCUCGUCGUUUGCGUGACAUCAUGAAGAGCAAAGAGAUGAUGAAACAAGGCUCAAAGAAAAAGGGAAAAGCCUCUAAGCCAAAGCUGCUCUCAGGAGAUAUUCCUGUCCCACACUUCCGGAGAGGACGACAAGAGUCAGAGAAAGCUUACAUCAACCGCAUGACCCAAGAGACUGAACAUGUCCUCUUCCUCACGAACAACCAACUAGACCGACAGCCGGAGGUCGAGCUAAAAGAAGAAGUAGAGAAGACGGAGGAAAAGAAAUCUACUAAAAAGAAUUGGCUCAAUAAAGAGAAACUUCGGCAUCAGAGAAAGAAGUUAAACAAGCAGGAGGAUCGUGAAGAGGAGGAGAUGUUUAAAGAUGAGGUAGCAUUCGGAGAGGUUGCCAUGGCGCCUCCAUUACUGAGUGUUAAACCAAGGAAAGCCACAGUUAAACCCCAGGGGGCGCCCAAAGGUCUUCUCCUGAACUCCCUCCUGGGUCACAGUCCUGUGUCGGUAGCCAAGCCCUCUAUGGCGAGGAAGAGGAUAAUGGAGGAGGAGCGGGAGAGAGCGGUGCAGCUGUACAGACAGAUGAAGCAGCAGCAGAGAGACAAACAUGAGCAGGACAGGGCAUCCAGGACCUCCACAUGAUACUCUACUCUUUGUAUUGUUUAGUGUUCUAUCAUGUCUAUAUGUAUAUUUAGUUAUUCUAUACAUUUUUGCUACCUCUGGUGGUCAACAAAAUUUACAAGUGGAUUGUAGCAUGACUGUAUAAAUGGCAAAAAUAAAAUGUUCACACUUUUAUAUAAUGUACA